UCGGAGAAGGCAGCAUGGCUCACGGGCUCUCUGAAGAACAACUCGCCGUAUUCAAAGAGACCUUCUCACACUUGGACAAAGAUGGCGACGGGAGCGUCACUCCAGAUGAGCUGGGGACCGUCAUGCGCUCCCUCGAGCAUGUUUUGAUCCACCUCGGGGAGAAGUUCACGGAUGAGAAGAUGGAAAUCAUGGUCAAGGAGGCUGAUGUGGAUGGGAACGGGAAAGUGAACUACCACGAGUUCCUCAAGAUGAUGAUGGAGCUGUGAA